UCAUCCAAUGAGAAUGAGUCAUCGCAAACGCUAUCAAGACGGAAUUCGACGAUAAAAAAAAAAGUAUUUAAAACAGUAAACAUUGCUUUAUAUGAAUUAAAAAUUUAAUUAAUAGGCGUUGUCGAAUAAAUUGUUUCACAAGUCAGAAUAACCGCGUCGUUGCGACAACAGACGUUUAUCGAUUUAAGGCGGAUACUCGUAGUUUCUUUGGAAUCAUGGCCGCAGUGAUGAACAGACCGAAGGCGGACGAGACUAGCAAGUCGACAAUGCGCACCCUCAACCUAAACGGACAUGUCGGUUUUGACAGCAUGCCCGAUCAGCUAACGCACAAGUCGGCACAAAACGGUUUCGUGUUCAACAUACUGUGCAUUGGUGAAACGGGUCUAGGAAAAUCGACACUUAUGGACUCUCUAUUUAAUACCAAUUUCGAAUCCACCCCGUCUACACACAAUUUGCCAAAUGUGAAACUCAAGGCUCACACAUAUGAAUUGCAAGAGAGUAAUGUUCAACUUAAGUUAACGCUUGUUGAGACAGUUGGUUAUGGUGAUCAAAUAAACAAAGAAGACAGUUUCAAAUCUAUUGUAGACUAUAUUGACACACAAUUUGAAUAUUAUUUGCAAGAAGAACUGAAAGUAAAACGUUUGCUGUCGACAUAUCAUGACACUAGAGUUCAUACCUGUUUGUAUUUCAUCUGUCCUACUGGACAUGGAUUAAAAUCAAUUGAUUUAGUAUGCAUGAAGAAACUUGAUACUAAGGUAAAUGUGAUUCCAAUAAUUGCCAAAGCAGAUACUAUCUCUAAGUCUGAAUUACAAAAGUUUAAGACCAAAAUAAUCACCGAAUUGCGAUCAAAUGGGGUAGAAAUCUAUGAGUGUCCAACUGAAGAUGAGACUAUAGCUGAUGUGAACUCUAAUAUGAAUUCUCACGUGCCAUUUGCAGUUGUUGGAAGCACAGAUUUUGCCAAGGUUGCAAAUAAAAUGGUGCGCGCUCGUCAGUAUCCAUGGGGAACAGUUCAAGUUGAAAAUGAAUCACAUUGUGAUUUUGUUAAGUUGAGAGAAAUGUUAAUUAGAACUAACAUGGAGGAUUUGCGAGAGAAAACUCAUGAGAAACACUAUGAAUUGUAUCGAAAAAUGCGCUUAGAACAAAUGGGUUUUAGUGAUGUGGACAAUGAAAAUAAACCGCUAAGCUUCCAGGAAUCUUUUGAAGCAAAACGUAGUCAUCAUUUACAAGAGUUACAGAAUCGUGAAGAUGAAAUGAGACAAAUGUUUGUUGUCAGAGUUAAAGAAAAAGAAGCAGAAUUGAAAGAAGCUGAAAAAGAGUUACAUGCCAAAUUUGACAAAUUAAAACGUGACCAAGAUGAACAAAAGAAAAGGUUGGAAGAACAGAGAAGAAAGUAUGAAGAAGAUCUUAUGGAGUUCAGCAAAAGAAAGCAGCAGUAUUCUACCAUGGGACAUCAUACUCUCACAUUAGGCAAAAGUAAAAAGAAGUAAAUAUUCUCUUAAGACGAAUAUGGUUAACUAAUAUUAUUUGUACUUGAUGAAAUGAUCAUAUAUAUUAUCAUAAAUUAUUUUACUUUUAUUUAUUAGACUUAUACACCUAUUCAUUUAUCUAUUUUAUUAAUAGAUACUGACUAAUAAAUUUAUAUUUACUAUUUUGUGUGAGAAUAAUCAAUGUGAUUAAUUAAUAAUAAUGAUAUAAUAAAUAAAUAAACUGUAGAUUUUUGGAACAAAAAUUAUAUAAAAAAAAACCCCAAUUAUCUUAUAGUUAUUACUAUUCGCUACAAUGUUUUAUUCAGAAAAAAUAUGUAAUAUUGCCACAUUCUAUUAUUGUAUUAAAUUCUUAAUUAACGCUAUUACCUUUAUUUAGGUAUAAAUAGAAAAUAAGGGUUAUUUAACAUACGCCACCCCAUGGCUAUAUCUAAUUAUUUUUGUACUCUUUUAUUUGUUAUUAUUUUUACCUUUAUAAAUGUCAAUCAAUCAAAAUCUGUAGUUUAUAAUUUGUACAACAUCAUUUUUUUUUUACUCGUAUGAUAAAAAAUAUAGUUGACAUCACAAUUACUUUUAUUUGUGCCAAAUUUUAAAUGCAUCCAUGAUAGAUCAGUACGCGUUUGUCUUCCUGAAUAUUUUACCCAACAAAUUAUGAAAUAAUUUUUUAUAGAAUAAGUUUUAAAAAUUGUAAUAUUUCCAGGUUUUUUUUAUAAAUAAUUUUUUUUUAAGGUUGUGUGAUGAUUUUCUUUUGUGUAAAUUCUUUUCUUCAAAUGUCUAUUUUAACCACAUUAUUGUUUAAAUGGGAAAAGUAAGAUUAUAAUUGAGUAAUUUGGUUUUAAAUUAUUAUUUUUUACUUUUGUAUCUACCUAGUAGAUAAAAUAUUUGCAUUUAUAUACAUAAUAAGUGGAUUUUGUGUAUUAAAUAUUUAAUUUAUCCUAAUAUCUAUGUACUAUUUAUUCUCAGCAGUUUAUUUUGAAUGAUAAGCUUUUAUGUUGUUUAAUAUGUCAUAUCUGUGGUCUAUAUUUUACUAAUUAAUAUGUACUUGUCCUUUUUUUGUCCUAUUUUAUUUAAAAAUAUUGUAUACUUAUUACAAUUUGUAAUAUGUUUAUUUAUUAACUUCUUUUAGUGUGACCUUGAUAAUAUUUUUUUUUUUUAAUAACAAUAUCUAGACCAUUUAUCGGCCUUGUUCAUAUACCGUGUAAAUGAAUUACAAUCAGCUUUCAGACUA